UCUGACCGCGAUACUAAAUUCUGAUUUUUGACUGUCGUUAUUUAAUAUUUGUUUACAUAUUAAUUACUUAAGCAUUUUGGAAUUUCUCUUUACAGAAAUCCUCAUUUAAUUUUUUUGUUUUUCAUAUAAAAGUAUUUUUCUUCAGAUAUAUUAUUAAUAAUGGAUUUUGAAAUUUUACGGUUUUGUUUGCAUGAUGGUAAUUGAGCUAUUUGAUGAACUAGCAUUUUCGAUAAUUACUAUGGGUGUUAUCGGUUAUCUUGUGCUAGUUGUUCUUUCUACAUUAAUUUUCAACAUGGAUGAAGCAAAUGCAAAAGGUUUACUUUAUCCACAAGAAUCAGAAACAAGAGAAUUAAGAUCUUUAGAUGGAAUAUGGAAUUUUGUUAAAUGUGAUUCAAAAACAUAUUCACAAGGUGUAAUAGAUGGAUGGUAUUUAAAAGAUUUAAGUGAAGUUAAAAAGACUAUACCUAUGCCUGUUCCUGCAAGUUAUAAUGACAUAACAACAGAUGCUUCACUUAGAGAUCAUGUUGGAUCAGUUUGGUAUGACCGAAAAUUUUUUAUUCCAAAGCAAUGGGAAAAGGAUUAUCGAGUAAUGAUACGAUUUGGAAGUGUACAUUAUGAUACAAUAGUGUGGAUUAAUGGUAAUGAGGUUGUAAAACAUUCAAUUGGUCAUUUACCUUUUGAAGCUGAAAUAUCAGAUGUUGUAAAAUUUGGACAAGAAAAUCGUAUCACCGUUUUGGUAGAUAAUGUAUUACUGGAUAAUACUGUACCGCAAGGAACAGUUGCAGAGGAAAAUACGGACUUAGGAUAUGUUGUAACACAAUCUUAUACUUUCGAUUUCUUUAAUUAUGCUGGAAUUCAUAGAUCUGUUCAUUUAUAUACAACACCGAAAAUUUUUGUUGAAGAUAUAGAUGUGAAAACAGAAUUUGAACCAGAAAGUCGUGAAGGAAAUGUUAAAUUUAAUGUGAAGGUUGGUGGAAUAGAAACGGAAGGUUUACAUGCGAGAGUAAUAAUAACAGGAAAAGGUGAAACAGAAGAUCACUCAAGCUCUGGCUCUCUCGUUAAUAGUACUUUUAGUGGAGAAAUUAAAAUUUUAGAAGCCAAACCAUGGUGGCCUUAUUUAAUGGAUCCCAAUCCAGGAUAUCUUUAUAAAAUGACGGUAAAAAUUUUCGAUCCUAAAACUGGUGAAGAGAAACCGAUAGAUGUUUAUCGUUUAAAUAUUGGAAUAAGAACUUUAAGCUGGAAUGAAACAUCAUUUCUAAUUAAUGGAAAACCAAUUUAUUUUAGAGGUUUUGGACGUCAUGAAGAUUCCGAUAUAAGAGGAAAAGGUCUUGACUAUGCGUUAAUAAGCCGUGAUUUUAAUUUACUUAAAUGGGUUGGAGCAAAUGCUUACAGAACUUCACAUUAUCCAUAUUCGGAAGAAUCAAUGCAGUUUGCGGAUGAACAUGGUAUUAUGAUCAUUGAUGAGUGCCCAAGUGUUGACACAGUUAUUUAUACAGAUGUUUUACUGGAAAAUCAUAAAAAAUCUUUGCAAGAAUUGAUAAGACGAGAUAAAAAUCAUCCUAGUGCGGUAAUGUGGUCGAUUGCAAAUGAACCACGUACGGCAGAUGCUAGAGCUGACAAAUACUUUAUGAAAGUGGCUCAAUAUGUAAGAAGUUUAGAUAGCACUAGACCAGUAACUGCUGCUAUAGCAGUUGGUGCUGAUGAUGAUAAGGCGGCCAAACAUCUAGAUAUUGUAAGUUUUAAUAGGUAUAAUGGAUGGUAUGCUCACGCUGGAAAAUUAGAUAUGAUUACUUCAUAUGUUAUGAAAGAAGCAGAACAUUGGCACGAUUUGCAUAAAAAACCAAUAUUAAUGUCUGAAUAUGGUGCGGAUACUGUAGAAGGAUUGCAUUUACUUCCGGCAUUUGUUUGGACCGAGGAAUAUCAAAGUGAUUUAUACUCAAAACAUUUUAAAGCUUUUGAUAAGCUGCGGCAAAAGGGGUGGUUUAUAGGAGAAUUUGUUUGGAAUUUUGCUGAUUUUAAAACUGCCCAAACCGUAACUCGUGUUGGUGGCAACAAAAAAGGCAUAUUUACUAGAAAUCGUCAACCAAAGGCUGCCGCUCAUUUGCUUAGAAAACGUUAUUUCGCUUUAGGUCGAGAAUUAGAUAAUUGUGAUUUACCUGAUGAUUUAUACCAAUAUGUAUAUCAAACAGCAUUAUAUAGAGAUAUUAGUGAUUUAUAA